GCCCGCCCCAAGAUGGCGGCCUGCAGGCAGGUAACGUGCGGCGGAGCGGCCGGGUCGCUAUGUGUGGGGGAGCUGACCCCAACCCCAGCCCUACUUCAUAGCCGGGCCCGGCGCUCCCCCCGCUGGCGGCUGCCGCUCUGCCGCUCGCUGAGGCGGCUCUGCAGAAGCCACCGUCUCCUGCGCUUCUGUUAAAUCUGCGAGUUGGCCUCUGCAGUCAUCUUAGUCCCGUUAAGGGGUUUGCUGUAACCUGAGCUAGCGUUGUUGGGGGGGCUCUGUCGGUGUGUUUUUCUAAUCCUCGUGAAAGUACUGAGCAGUACUGAGUGCUCCACUGCUCCGUGCUCCCUCUCCUCCAGUCGUGUCGGCCUCUGUAAAGCAGAUGUGAGAUGCCGCCAGAUGCAUUUAUUUACUUGCUCACAUACAGGUGGAUGUGAUUCCUGGAACUACAGCAGACUGAUGGUUUUUGUGGCUGCAGAGCUGACUUUGGGUAACAGUGCGACUGAGGGGGCAGAGACCUCCAGCCCAGCUGGGAGGGGGGCCGGGCUGUGAGUGCCUUUGUUGAGGCAGCAGUCGGGCCUGUCUGUCCCGUGUUGUGGUGGUCACCUCAGAGGUAGUGGAAGGAUAGAAAGUAGUCUUUCAGCACUGAUCUCUGUCAUUGCCAAAAUACUGAGGCGUGACUUCUUUGUUUUUGCUUGGAGGAUGUGGAAUUUGUGGGGACUUUUUGCCUGAGGCCUGGCUGAGCUGCUUUCCCCUAGGAUCGGGUGGACUCACCCUGUUGAAGAGGUGUGGGCUCUGUGUGAGAGGCUGGGCUGCUCACCUGUGCUUCCAUCUGGGUCUGUUUUGCAGAGACUGCUUAGUAGCUGUCUGACUGGUCUGGGAAAUACAGAUAGAAUCAUAGAAUGGCUUACGUUGGAAGGGACAUUAAAGAUGAUUAAGCUCUAACUCCCUGCCAUGGACGGUAUUGCCAACCACUAGAUCAGGCUGCCUGGGGCUCCACCCAUCUUGGCCUCAAACACAGGUAGCCUCCAUACUUCUUCUGAGCCAGGUUUGCCUGGUUCCAAGGUGUAUUUCUUAUACUUCUGUGUGAAACAGUUUGAGACUGCUUAUCCCUCCUGGUUAGAACCUGUGCACAGUGGAGCUGUUGGCCUUCUUUCACCUGAUUGUGGCAAAGAAGGCUGGGCUGGUCAGACUGUGAUCCAGUCGGUCAGUUGGACAGCUCGUUCAUGGAUGAGCUUGGUGAACAAGCCUGCAAAUCAGAUGAAUCCUGGGAAAGGUAGUCCAUUCCUUGCACUUCAGGGAAGGUGAAGUGAGAAUGAGAAAAAGAAAGAGGGUAAGGUCAGCUGGGUGUAGGAAUGUGCUGUGGUCUGAGUGGUGGAUCUGGGUGUCAAAAGAUGCGACAAAACCUGGAGAAGGCCAGCGAGUGAGUUAUACUUCAGAACCUCACUGCCAGAUCACAAGCAUGGAAACUGGCAAGAACACUGAAGAUCAUUUGAAAGCCCACAAAAUGAAGAAGAAGAUACUGAGGAAGCAGGUCAGAGCCCAGCAUACGUUGAUGAGACAUGAGGGCAUUGAGUGCAUCUCCCAUGCUACACAGAGCCUAGUUAUUGCCAACGCUGGCCUGGGUAAUGGGAUGAGUAGACAUCAACUGCACAGGAUAGUAGACAACUAUGGAGUGGUGGAAACACUUCUAAUGCCACCGAAUAAACCAUAUUCAUUUGUGCAGUAUGAGUCAACAGAAGAAGCCAAGAAAGCCUUUGAUGCACUGAAUGGAAAAGAAGUAACACUGGAAGAUUUUGACCAAAACAUUGUUUUGUAUUGUAAUUUUGUGGAAAAAGUUUUCUGGAAGAAUUCUGUUCCUACAAGCUUGCCUCCGGACCUCAAGGUCAUUGAAAAUAUUAUUUCUUCAGAGGAAGAAAGGAAAAUGCUGGAAAGUAUUGACUGGAGAGGAGAUGAAAAUACUCAAACUGCCCAGAAGACUUUAAAGCAUAGAAGAGUAAAACAUUUUGGGUAUGAGUUUCGCUAUGAUAACAAUGAUGUUGAUAAAGACAAUCCUUUACCUGGAGGUCUUCCUGAAAUUUGUAUCCCGUUCUUAGAGAAAUGCUUGAAGCAGGGAUAUAUCAAACAUAAGCCUGAUCAACUGACUGUGAAUCAGUAUGAACCUGGACAAGGAAUUCCUCCUCAUAUUGAUACACAUUCUGCUUUUGAGGAUGAAAUAAUCUCUCUCAGUUUAGGAUCUGAGAUUGUGAUGGAUUUCAAACACCCUGAUGGCCACACAGUGGCAGUUAUGCUGCCUCGACGCAGUUUACUGGUGAUGACUGGUGAAUCCAGAUACUUGUGGACACAUGGGAUUACACCCAGAAAAUAUGAUGUCAUUCAAGCAUCUGAACUUGGACAGAAAGUUGGAACAAUCACUGCCGAUGUUAGAGAUUUAACACUAAAACGAAGAGAAACAAGGACUUCGUUUACAUUUAGGAAAGUGAGGCGAAGCUCUUGCAAUUGCAUUUACCCGUCUGUCUGUGACAGCCAGAAAGGACAGCAAAGACAAGCAGAACCAUCAUUUCCUCACAAUGAGAUGGAGGCCUCAGAGCUGGAGCAGCAAUAUGUACACAAGGUGUAUGAAGAGAUUGCCACACACUUCAGUAGUACCAGGCAUAGCCCAUGGCCCCGAGUUGUAGAGUUUCUCAGGUCGCUGCCUGAAGGGUCAAUAGUUGCUGAUGUUGGUUGUGGUAAUGGGAAAUAUCUAGGCAUCAACAGGGAUUUGUACAUGGUCGGCUGUGAUCGCAGCAAAAACCUUGUGGAUAUUUGUGGAGAGAAGGAUUGCCAGGCUUUUGUCUGUGAUGCUCUGUCAGUGCCAAUCCGGAGCGGUUCUUGCGAUGCCUGCAUCUCUAUUGCUGUCAUCCACCAUUUCUCAACAGCAGAAAGAAGGCUGGCAGCUAUCCGUGAACUAGCCCGGCUUCUAAAACCUGGUGGAACGGCACUCAUUUAUGUCUGGGCAAUGGAGCAAGAAUACAAAAACCAGAAGUCUAAAUAUCUUAAGGAAAAGCAUGGCAGCAAAGACAAGGAGGAGGAAAGCAGUACUGGCACGUCCCAGAGACUGCUUGAUGAUCAAAAGCAUGAUAGAAGCAGCCAAGGCUCAGCACGUUCUGACCGACUCCUUGAUGACUCAGAGGACAAAGGCUGUGCUGCAAAGCCAGUAGCAGACUCCAGGCUGCCUGUUCACACCAACCGGACCUCCUUUCACUCUCAGGACAUGCUGGUUCCCUGGCACCUGAAAGGUGGCAGCAAAAAGAAAGGGGCAGUUGUUGAUGAAGCGUCGUUAGCUGGCUGUAAGGAAUCGCAAGAACUCAGCCCUGUUUUCCACCGCUAUUACCAUGUGUUCCGUGAAGGGGAACUGGAAGCAGCAUGCAGAUCCUUGGACUGUGUGAGGAUUCUAAAGAAUUACUAUGACCAGGGAAAUUGGUGCGUGGUUCUAGAAAAGCUGUAGGCCACAGUACUUCCUCGAUUGCCUUUUUUUUUUUUUGUGGAAGUAUUUUUAAUGCAGACUGUGUAGCUAUUACCUCUUCUGAAAUAUCAGAAUAAAAGAUUGUUUAUUAACCAUAA